UUCAGGCGCGGGCUUUGAAAAAGAAAACUGUCGCGGAGCCGUCAUGGUGCCACCGGGGCCAUCCGCAGCCGCCGAAGAGCGACAGAGAAAGCUCCAGGAGUACCUAGCAGCCAAAGGAAAACUGAAGUGCCAAACCACCAAGCCUUAUCUAAAAGCCAAGAGUAAUCGUCUGAAUCCUCCACUUUCUAAAUCUAAUAUAAUACCCAAAAAGGAUGUUACCAAUCAUGUUGCUUUGCCUAUCAAAGCUACAAGACCCAUCAACAUUAAGCUCCAGCCCAGACCUGCCAAUCUUAUGGGAUCCCAGAAGCCAAAGUUGGAGCCACCAAAACUUCUGGGUAGAAGGCUGACUUCAGGAUGUGUUUCUUCUAACUCAAACUGUAAGCCUUCCAGCAAAGGCCAACAGCAUAAAGCUGUAUCAUCCACUACUGAAGAAUUAUCUAGAAAAACCAUGGGAUCACUUAAUAUGCAAGAAUUGAAAACUGCAAAGCAGCAAGUAGCAGAUCAAGGAAAUACUAAAUAUGCAGACUCUGUGAACAGUAACCAUGUUGAAAAUGAACCCUUGGAUAGCUUUCUAAAAGAGAUGAACAAAGAGAACUUGCCCCAAACUUUACCAGACUCUGAAACGAAGCCAAAUCCUGAAUUAUGGGCAAUAGGUAAGCCAAAGACUAACUCUUAUAAUCAAGUCAAGAGCAGUUUGGCUCCUAAACAAGCCUUGGGCAAAGGUUCAGGGAAUAGUGCUGUUCUGAAAGACAGAGUAAAUAAACAGUUUGUUGGAAAAACACAAAUUAGGACAUCACCAGUAAAGUCACAGCAACUCUCAAGAGGAACAAAUCUUGCAAGACCAGGAGAAAAACUCCCAAAGACAGUUCCGUCUCACAACGUUCAGACCCUUGGUAGGACUCAGGCGUCAAAAAAACCAGUGGUCAAGGACAUAAAGGAUAUAAAGGUUAAUAGAGAUAACUCUAAAAGACCAAAUGAAAGUAAGUUACAGUCACACACUGUUACUGAACAGAAAGUAAAACAAACCAAACCCUGGACAUGCCCCAGUGUGCUUCGGGGAGGCUUUAACAACAGACAUCCAAACUUUAAGCAAGAUCAGAAAUCCACUCAACCUUGUUCCAAAACUCAGACGUCAUGUGCACCACAAAAAUCAAAACGCACAAGCCAAAGGCCUAAUUUGGCAGUUGGCAGUUUUAAUUCAGUCAUUCCAAGCACCCCUGUCAUAACAGCAAAUGGAACCAGUGGUAAUAAAUGCCGCAACAGCUAUGAACAAAAAGCACAGACUUUGGACUCCAAGUUGAAAAAGACUCUUCCCCAGAACCACUUUCUUAAUAAGACAGCUCCCAAAACUCAAGGUGGUAACAAAACUAUAAAUGGAGGAAGAGUCCCAAAUGGGACCCAGACCAAUCCAAAUAUUAAGAAGAUCACAGCAGAGGAUCGAAGGAAACAAUUGGAAGAAUGGCAGAAGUCUAAGGGGAAAAUCUAUAAACGGCCUCCUAUGGAACUUAAAACAAAAAGAAAAGUAAUAGAGGAAAUGAAUAUUUCAUUCUGGAAGAGUAUGGAAAAAGAAGAUGAAGAAAAGAAAGCACAACUUGAACUGUCCAAUAAAAUUAACAGCACCCUAACACAAUGUCUGCAGCUCAUUGAGGAGGGUGUACCUUCUAAUGCAAUAUUAACCAUAUUGUCCAGUAUUCCUGAGAUUGAAAAAUUUGCUAAAUUCUGGAUCCUUAAAGCAAAGUUGUUGGCAAGUAAAGGUACCUUUGAUGUUAUUGGGCUGUAUGAAGAGGCCAUUAGAAAUGGGGCAACACCAAUACAAGAGUUGCGGGAAGUUGUUCUUAAAAUUUUGCAAGACCCAAACAGAACCACAGAAGGAGUUACUUCUGACUCUAUAGUUACUGACACAAAUAUAACAUCAACAGAAGAACUGGCCAAUAAGACAGAAUCUGAAAUGUCUUGUCUUUCUCUGAACGAGAGAGAACAAGUUACAGCAACACCCCAAAUAACCAAGGCAGAACAGGAUAAUCAUCCUAGUAUCAAACUACAGAUCGCCCCAGUCCCUAGAAUAAGUGGAAUGCCAGACGUGCAAGACAUGAAGCUCAUCACCCCUGUACGGCGUUCGGCAAGGAUUGAGCGAGCCAUGUCCCGCUACCCAGAAAUGUUGCAGGAACAUGAUAUAGUCGUGGCUUCUCUUAAUGAGCUGUUAGAAGUGGAAGAAACAGAGUGUUUUAUAUUCCGUAAAAAUGAGGCUUUGCCUGUAACAUUAGGGUUUAAAGUCCUCGAGUCAUAAUUUCUUGAUGCCCUUUUUUUUCUUAAAGAUGUUUCAGAGCCUCUGUGAACCAAGAAAUACCCUUCUCCAGGUGACCUGGAAAAAACUAUAAUGGACAGACAGAUUGUGGGAUCUCAAGAUUUAGUAUUCACUGGGCUUACUCUCAAAUUUAAUAUCCCCACAGGACUGUGUUUGGUUUAUUGAAGACUAUAGUUUGCCAGUUUUAUAGUACAUAAAUUUUAAACUAUUGAAUAUUAAUUUACCCCACAAGUAUGGUAAGAAUUUUCACUUUAUUGAUCUAAAUUACUCUCAAUAUAGUUCUUUUUUAUAUCACAAUGUCGGUGCCACAGUAUGCUAGACUUUCCUUCCUACAUCUGCCUUAGCAGAGAGGGUGAGUCCUCCCUGCCCCGACAGUGGAGCUUAGAAGCUAGCCUUCUGAACCAGAUGCCAUGUCACAGACUGUCUGAUCAAAUCCCCCUCAUUUUGUGGAGCCGAUGCUAGCUAUGCUUUUGCUUAGAGAUCCUACAUGUUUUUUGUGUGCAACUUUGACUUCUGACACAGCGUCCCUAUAGAUGAGGGGCAAUUCACGUCCUGUCUGUGCCAAGGCUUCUCCAAUGAAACACAGUUCUGAGUUGGGGUAGUCAUCUAGCUUUUUAUAUCCAAAUCCAAUUUUACAUUUGUUAUUCAGAAAUGCUUCAAAUAAAAACAAAAGGGAGCGGGAAAGAGGGGAGGGGAGGGUCACUUGCUUCUUCACUUCCAUUCUUUGCUCUGCUGUGGGACACCUGGCCUGAGAAGACUGUACAAGCCCCAGAGGCUUUCCUUUCCUUCCUCCUGGGCAACUGUUCUUAGGUAAAAUCAGAAUCAUUAUGUAAAUAUAAUGUGUAGAAAAACUUAGCCAAUAUAUUUUGAAUUUUAGAUUUUAGCUUUCUUAAUAUUUAAGUACUAUCUAAAACAAAAUAAUUAAAUUUU